AUGUCCGGCAAAGUGGCGAUGACAGACACCCCAAUCAAGUACCCCUGGUGGUAUGGCGGUGCGGGUGGCAUUUUUGCUUGUAUCGUCACCCAUCCACUUGAUCUAGCCAAGGUUCGCCUUCAGACCGCCUCUCCGCCAAAGCCAACGCUUCUGAACAUGAUUCGAAGAAUCUUACAACAGGAGGGACCUCGUGGACUUUAUGCCGGGUUGAGCGCCUCUGUUCUUCGGCAGUGCACCUAUACCACCGCGAGAUUCGGGUGCUACGACAUCAUUAAGGAAAAUUUAAUCCCCCAGAGCGAGAUCAAUAAUAGUUUGUAUCUUUUACCAUGUUCAAUGUUGAGUGGAGCAAUCGGUGGUUUUGUAGGAAAUCCAGCAGAUGUCGUCAACAUCAGGAUGCAAAAUGACUCAGCACACGAUCCACAUCUAAGAAGAGGUUACCGAAAUGCAUUUGAUGGGUUAAACAGUAUUGUUAGGGAAGAAGGCUUUUAUAAGCUUUUUACGGGACUGGCGCCAAACUUAAUAAGAGGUGUCUUGAUGACGGCCAGCCAAGUAGUCUCUUAUGAUGUAUUUAAGCAUCGUUGGGAUUUAUUAUGUUUGGAAAGAUAUGUCUUUAAUACUACUUUUUGCGCGUUGUGUAGUACUUCGUUUAUCACCAGGUUUCUUAGUAUAUUAUUGUACUUCUCGCUCUUUUUAGCUAUGUUUCAACUUUAUUAG